UUUUUUUUUUUUUUUUUUUUUUGUCCUUUUUUUGGAGCUGAGGACCGAACCCAGGGCCUUGCGCUUCCUAGGCAAGCGCUCUACCACUGAGCUAAAUCCCCAACCCCUUUUUUUUUUUUUUUUUUUUUUUAAGAUUUAUUUAUUUCAUGUAUGUGGGUACAUUGUCACUGUCUUCAGACACCAGAAGAGGGCAUCGGAUCCUAUUACAGAUGGUUUCGAGCCACCAUGUGGUUGUUGGGAAUUGAACUCAGGACCUCUGGAAGAGCAGUCAGUGUCCUUAACCACUGAGCCAUCUCUCCAGCCCCCAGUCCAGGACUUCUUGCCAUGCUACGCAAUCACUCUACCAACCGAACUACAUUCCCAGGCUCAAGUGUGGGUUUUUAAUGUAUAGUCCUGUGACCCUAAAAUUUUUAGAAUAUCUGAGAAGUGCCCAGGGUAUCCGGCGACGCGAAUUGUGUUUAUGCUCUGUUUGAGGUUUUUCCUGGAAAUAACCGAGCUUUUGCUGCCCUAAAUCCUCUUUCCAAAAUUUAAACCUAGGUCACUUCUCUCCAAUGGCGCGAACACGGGCUCUGUGACGUUCGCUGUUAAUUCGCAACUCCUUCUCUCAAAGAGCAAACACGGACGCGUUCUUAAAACAGCUGUCGCUAUUUCGCAUACGGUCUUGGAGCGUCCCUCGAGGUCAAGGCCAUGGCGGGGUGGCCCCUACAGCCCCAGCCAGGCCCGCGUGUCCACUUAGGAAUUCCUAGCCUUAUUUAGACCGCGCCACCACCGAGCCCGGACAACAGCUGCUCUGCUUGCUACAGGAAGUGGAAGCCCGCGCGCCUGACCCGGAACUAUAUGUUGGUCCCGCCCUCUUGGUGCCCCGCUUCCUUCUGCAACAGGCGUGGGUCACGGGCUCGCUCGCUCUCUUUCCACCGCCAUCUUGGUUCCGUGUUCUCCGCACAAAAUGCCCGGUGAAGCCACAGAAACCGUCCCUGCUACAGAGCAGGAGUUGCCACAGCCUCAGGCUGAGACAGCUGUGCUUCCUAUGUCUUCAGCCUUGAAUGUUACUGCUGCUCCAGGGCAGCCUGGAUCUCCCUCUCCUUCCUCCCUGGGCCCCCAGCAAAGCCCUCUAGUGACUGCUGCCCAUCAGUCUUCUCCACUCCCCUCUAGUCUUCCCUCCACCCCCUUUGAAGUUCCUUUUGCCCAGCCAGAAACUGCUGUGCCUUCAGGAGCUGCCCCUCCCGCCCCAACUUUCCUGCCACACCUGAUAGGGCCUCCUAUCUCCCCAGCUGCCUUAGCUUUGGCCUCUCCCGUGAUAGGUCCAGCUCAGAAAGGUGCCCGUUCCUCCUCUGCUCCCUUGUCUCUGGUCGCAUUGGCUCCUCACUCUAUUCAGAAGAGCUCUGUGUGUCCCCCUCACCCUCUCACCUUACCUCCAUCAGCUGCUGGAGCAGAGUCAGGGGCAUUGACAUCUCUGACAGCUUCCAUCCCUCUCUUAGAAUCAAAGGCUUCUACCAGUCAAGUUCCCUCUCAGGGAACCCCGAAUCUGAAAGGUACUACUACCCCGUGUCCUCCAGAUGUAGUCAGUGCUUUUCCUUCCCACCUUGAAAACCCCCUGGCCUCUGUUCAGCCUGGUUUAACAUCCUGUCCUCAAACACUGUCCAUCACUUCCCCAGUUAAAGGUGUUCCCAUUUCCUCAGCUCUGACACAAAGUCUGCUAAGCCUUAACCUUAGGGGACCUGUUAGUUCACCUCCUCAGAGCACUGUAACUCCCAGCAUCCCCCCAGCAGCCUCAGCUUCCCUGGGUUCUCCUCUUCCACUUCUACAUCACAGUUCUUUGGAUUCUCCUGUCCAGCCUCCAGGUCAGUCAGGUCUUACAGUGAACACCACCAUUUCUGUAGAUCAUCCUUUUGUUGCAGCCUCUUACCCACCUGAGCGAUCGGCAGUUUCUCCUCUUCCUUCCAGACAUGAGCUGGCUGCUGAUUCUGGGGCAGCUCCAUCUAUUGACAAAGGCUCCUCAGCUGUUACUAAGGAAACCUGCAGCUCUUCUGGCUCUGCGAAUGAAGCUGGUACUUCAUUGUCUCCUGCAGCCCCUCUCACUCCCAAAAGUUCUAAUGCUGCUCUGCAGCCCUCGGUGACUCAGGUUCCUCCUCCUCAAAAACCUGGCUUAAAAGAAACUCCUGCCUCUUGUAUUAGAGCCAUGCACCCUGCACUGGAUAACCCUUCUACCAUGUCUGUAGCACCUGCCACUCAUGUGUCUCCUCCAGCUUCAUCGGGUCUUAUAAAAAGUGAAGACCCAGCGUCCCCUGUUUCUUCACUUUCAGUACCUGCUGCUCAUAAGCCGUUUCCUGCCCCUUCAAUGUCAACUACUCUAGGGAUACCUGUGUCUCCUCUGCCAGCCACUGAAGGCCUUCAAAAUCUUCCGAUUUCAGUAAAUGCAGGAGCCCCUGUUUCUCCAGCCCAGGCAGGGCUUCCUAUCAGAAAAGAUACUACUGUACAAACCUUGGCCCCAGUAGCACUUAAAGAGUCUCCCUCUUCUCAAAGCGCAUCUUCUUUGGAGGUGCUUUCAGAAGACACAAAGAAGACUACAGGAGGGCCUGCCCCUGUGGUGCGACCAGCCAUUGCUACUGGUGCUCCUACUACCCUGGACUACCCACCUGCCGGCUAUGUGAACCCAAACCCUGUCAGUCAGCCUCUCAAAAGUUCUGCCCCAGCAAUGGCUCCAUUUCUUUCAGAAAGUUGUGAUUCUAAAGGGCUGGUCCCUAGAACUGCCAAAGAUACCUUUCCUUCUGUUAAUUCACCUCUGGUUCCUUUACCCUCUGAAGGCUGUCCUGUGGCUCCAUCUAUGGCGUUGUCCCACCAGAAUGCUUCUGUUUCUGUGACUACUGCCAAGUCUGUACCCUUUCCUGCUCCUCCCUCAGCUGGAGUUUCUUUUUCCAGUGCAAAGAAAGUCGAUGUUGUCUCUCAGAUGGAGUCUUCAGACUCCUCUCAAGAAGGGCACCCAAAUGCUUCUGUGUCUUCUCAGACUAAACGGCCUGCAUCCAAAAAGGGUUCUUUUCCCUCAGAUGUUUCUCCUGGAAAUGUUUCCUCUCCUCAUUGUUCACUUGAGACUUCUUUUCUCCCAGAGGCAGGUCUUUCUUUUCAAGGCCCUAAAGGCGCCUCUAUUGUUCCCACAGAAACUUCUGUAUCCUCCAAAAAGACCCCAGCAGAAAUUCUUCCUUCCCCCCAAAAGACACCAACGGCUACAGCUUCCAGACUGACCUCAGCAGUCCAGUCUCCUAAACUGGACCCUACUGUAUCAGAUGUGAUUCCAGCAACUGUAGUCCCCAGAGAUACUUCUGCAAGCCUUUCUCUCAAAAGUGUCCCAGCUGUGACUUCUCUGUCUUCCCAAAAGGCCCCUGCAGCCCCAUCUCCUAACGAAGCCCUCGUUGCUCCUACAGAGAUUCCCACCUCCCUCAAAAAUGCCCUAGCAACUACAGCCCCGAAAGAGACUUUAGCAACCUCAACUCUCAAAGUUGCCUCUACUGCCCCAGUUGUGACUUCUCCCUCCCCACAGAAGACUCCAAAAUCCGUAUCUCCUAAGGGUGCCCCCGCUGUCACCUCUAAAAAGGCAAAAGAAAUUGCAGCCUCCAAAGAAGUGUCAACAUCCCAGUUUCCCAAAGAGGCCCCUCUUCUACCACAUGCAGCUCCUACCUCCCCACCAAAGUCCCCAGCCACUGACCCACUCAAUGGGGCUCUAACAAGCCCAUCCCCCAAAGUUGCCCCUGCCACCCUAGUUGAGAGUCCUACCUCUCCUAAAAAGGCCCCCAAAACUGCAGCCCCCAAAGAAACUCCAGUGACUCCAUCUCUUGAAGGGGUUACAGCUGUACCACUGGAGAUUAAUCCUUGCCCCAAAAAGGCCCCCAAAACUUCAACCCCCAAAGAAAGUUCAGUGACUCUAUCUUCCAAAAGAACCCCUAAAAGUGCAGUUUCUAAAGAAAUUCCUUCUAACGAAGUCACAGCUGUGCCAUUGGAGAUUUCUCUGCCUCUAAAAGAGACCUCCAAAAGUGCAAUACCUGUUGAAAAGUCAACCUCAUCCUCAAAAAGUUCCCCCAAAACUGUAGCCCCCAAAGAAACUCUGCCUGAAGAGGUCACAGCUGUGCCUCUGGAGGUUUCUCUGCCUCCAAAAGAGAUGCCCCAAAAUGCAAGCCCCAGAGAAACUCCACCUGAAGGAGUCACAGCUGUGCCAUUGGAGAUUCCUCCUACCCCAAAAAAGGCCCCCAAAACUUCAGUCCCUAAACAGAUUCCUGUAACCCCAUCUCCCAAAGAUGCCUUUACUACCCUAGCUGAAAGUCCUCCCUCCCCCAAAAAGGCACCCACAACUGCAGCCCCCAAAGAAGUUCCAGCAGCCCCAUCAGUGGGGAUCACAGCUGUAUCAGAGAUUUCUCCCUCCCCAAAAAAGACCUCAAAAACUGCAGUCCCCAAAGAAGAUUCAGCAACCUCAUACCCCAAAAGGUCCCCCAAAACUGCAACUCCCAAAGAAAAUUCAACUUCAUCCCCAAAAAGGUCCCCCAAAAUUGAAGCCCCCAAAGAAACUCUAGCCACAUCUCCUGAGGGGGUUACAGCUAUGCCACUGGAGAUUCCUCCUUCCCCCGCAGCUCCAGCCUCCAAACGGGUUCCUGUGACCCCAUCUCCCAAAGGUGCCUCUAAUACCCUAGCUGAGAGUUCUGCCUCCCCUAAAAAAGCCCCUAAAACUGCAGCCCCCAAAGAAACCUCAACUCCAUCCCCCCAAAAAAUUCCUAAAAUGUCAGGUCCCAAAGAGACUCCAGCAACCCCACCUUCCAAAAAGAGCCCCAAAACUGUAGCCCCCAAAGAAACUUCAGCACCUUCUGAGGGGGUCACAGCUUUACCACUGAAGGUUCCUCCCUCCCCCAGAAAGGCCCCCAAAACUGCAGUCCCCAAAGAAACUCCAGCCCCAUCUCCUGAAGGGGUCACCACUGCACUAGUGCAGAUUCCUCCCUCCCCCAGGAAGGUCAAGAGAACAAGCUCCAAAGAAACACCCACAAACCCAUCUCCUGAAGGAGUUACAGCUGCACCACUAGAAAUUCCCUUAACUUCCAAAAAGAACCCCAAAAUGGCAAGCCCCAAAGAAAUGCUAGUAACCCCACCUUCCAAAAAGGUUUCCCAAACUGGAGAUCCCAAAGAAACUCCACCUGAAGGGGUCACAGCUGUGCCACUGGAGAUUCUUCCUUCCCCCAAAAAGACUCCCAAAACUGUAGUCCCUAAACAGGUUCCUGUAACCCCAUCUCCUAAAGAUGCCCCUACUACUCUAGCAGAAAGUCCUCCCUCCCCCAAAAAGGCACCCACAACUGCAGCCCCACCCUCUGAAAGGGUCACCACUGCACCACCAGAGAAGCCUGCCACCCCACAGAAGGCCUCAGCGACCGUAGCCUCCAAAGUGCUGGUCCCUGCUGAGACACUGGAAGUUGCUGUCUCCCCCAAAGAGACUCAUCCCUCCUCCCAUAAAAAGACCCCAAAGACUGUAGAUCUUAAAGAAGGUCCAGCAGCCCUCCCUCCCUCCCCCACAAAGAGCCCCAAAAUUUCAUCUUCCAAAAAGGCACAAAAUACUUCUGCCCCUAUCGAGUUUCCAGCAAGCUCUUCUAUUAAAGCUGUCACCACCUCACUGGCACAGACGGUUCCCUGUGUGCAAAAGGCUCCAUCAACAAUAGCCCCCCAGGAGAAUUCAGCUGCCCCAGUUGCUAUUCCUGUCUCCAACAAAAGCCCAGCAGCCCCAACUACUGCAAAUGCUUCUGUUGCCCUAGCUGCCGCUUCCCUUUCCCCAACUCCCCAAGUCAAGAUUUCUCCUUCCAAAAAGACCCCAGCUACUUCAGCUCUUCAAACAGUUCCAAAAGAGGCCACAACCAUCCCAUCUGGUAAAAAGGCUCCAGCCAUUGAGACCUCCAAUGAGACUUCAACAACUCUAUCUCUCAAAGGGGCCCCCAAGGAGACCUCAGAAACUUCAACAUCCAAAGGAGUUCUCACGUCCACAGUCAACUCUUCCUCUCCUAAAAAGGUCCCAUCCUCCAAAAGGGCCUCUACUCUCCCAGCUACAACUCUUCCCUCUAUUAAAGAGGCCUCUGUUCUCUCACCCGUUCCUACUUCUUCCACAAAAGACUCCCACACUUACCCAGUGUCCACAGCUUGUAGCACAGCAACUACUACCCCUCAGGCAUCUGAAAAGCUCCCAGCAAAGAAAGAACCUGCAGCUCUCACAGAAGUGCCUGCUGCACCUGCUCCAGAAAGUGCUUUGGCCAUCACUGUUCCCAUUCAGAAAGUCCCAAGAACCAAGCGCAAUUCUGCUUCGCCUCCUAAGUGCCCAGAUCCCUCUGCUAAGAAAGAUACAAAGGGCCUCCUUUCUGCGGUAGCUCUAGCCCCUCAGACAGUCCCUGUUGAGAAAAACUCUUCAAAACCUAUAGAAGUUCUGCCUCUUUGCCCUGCAAAAGGCAGCGAUUCUGUUCAUUCCCCAAAGGGACCCAUGGAGUCUCAGGAAGCUACUCCUCAGGCAGCAUUUACCUCUGACAAAGUCCUUCCAAAAGCUGUGUCUAAGUCUGUGGCUCCAAAGCCUACCCUAGCAGCUUCCCUGACUCUUGCUCCCUCCCCAGUUCCCCCUCUGCCUCCUAAGCAGCCAUUUCUUCAAUCGGCACCUGAGUCCGUGCUGGAAUCACCCUCUAAGCUCCCAGUCCCUGCAGAUGAGGAUGAGCUGCCGCCUCUGAUUCCCCCGGAAGCAGUCUCUGGGGGAGUGCCUUUCCAGCCGAUCCUGGUCAACAUGCCCACCCCUAAACCUGCUGGGAUCCCUGCCCCAGCCCCCUCUGCCAAGCAGCCUGUUCUGAAGAACAACAAGGGGUCGGGAACAGAGUCUGACAGUGAUGAAUCAGUGCCAGAACUCGAGGAACAGGAUUCCACACAGACAGCCACACAACAGGCCCAGCUGGCAGCCGCGGCUGAGAUCGAUGAAGAACCUGUUAGUAAAGCCAAGCAGAGUCGGAGUGAGAAAAAGGCAAGGAAGGCCAUGUCCAAACUGGGUCUUCGACAGGUUACAGGGGUUACGAGAGUCACUAUCCGGAAAUCUAAAAAUAUCCUCUUUGUCAUCACAAAACCGGAUGUCUACAAGAGCCCAGCUUCAGAUACCUACAUAGUGUUUGGGGAGGCCAAGAUUGAGGACUUGUCGCAGCAAGCACAGUUGGCAGCUGCUGAGAAGUUCAAAGUUCAAGGAGAGGCUGUUUCCAACAUUCAGGAGAACACGCAGACGCCGACUGUCCAAGAGGAGAGCGAAGAAGAGGAGGUUGAUGAAACGGGUGUGGAAGUUAAGGACAUAGAGUUGGUCAUGUCACAAGCAAAUGUGUCAAGAGCAAAGGCUGUCCGAGCCCUGAAAAACAACAGUAACGAUAUUGUAAAUGCUAUUAUGGAAUUAACAAUGUAAUUAUCUGACAGCAAGGACACCCUCCUCCCCCUUCCCCCCCUUUUUGGUGUUUGAAAAGUGGAACUACAGCUUGGUUUAAAAUUUGUACUGUUUCUAUCACUAAUAAAGUGUAGCUUCUUGUUGGAUGGA